AUGGCUCCCAUCGAACGCAUCACCCUCUUCAAGAUCCCCAACGAAGCGGACCGAGACCGCGUCUUGGAGCAGUACAAGGUGCUUGCGAAGACGGCUGUUAAAGACGGAAAACCCUACAUCACCUCCGCAGCCGUCGGAGUCUCCUUCCCGGACGUCCGCAACAAGGGGUACAACAUCUCCGUGAAGACGACGUUCGCGUCGAUGGAGGAUAUGAAGUUCUACGAUGAGGAGUGCGAGGCGCAUAAGGAUUUGAAGAAGAUUGCGGGGCCGGUUAAGGAGGAUGUUUUGACGACUUUUUAUGAGAGUAUUUUGUAA